CGCUCUGUCUAUAUAUUAUCUAUAUAGCUGGAAUUGUAACCUUUGACCUCAAAGAUCUGUCUGGUGGUCAUAAUUUAACUGUUCCUGCCUGUGAGCGUGAUAUUAAAGAUGCAUGGCAGGGUCAAAGUGCGCUCCAGCGAAGAGCAAGAUAGGGCAAGAAAGAAGGAAAGAGAUGACAAAGCCAGUGCGUAUAAAACAGUUAUGGCACAAAUAUUCAAUAAGCGAGAGUCUGGUUGCCUUGACGAUGAGUGCCUAUCACUAACGAGGGAAGUGCUUUGUGUUAACCCGGAGAUAGCCACACUCUGGAACUAUAGGAGGGAGAUCUUCGUGGAGAGACAGGCCAACAUGAGUGAUGAGGAGUUUUCUCUCUUGUGUUGCAAAGAGUUGAAUUUGUUGGAGAGUUGUCUCCGUGUGAACCCCAAGGCUUACUGCGUGUGGUUGUCUAGACAAUGGAUACUACUACACUGUCCACAAGCAGACUGGGUCAGAGAGAAGGGCUUGUGUGAUAAGCUACUUAACUAUGAUGAGAGAAACUUUCAUUGUUGGGACCAUCGACGCUUUGUGAUACAGCAGUCUCAUUGUGUGUCUGUCAAUCAAGAGUUGUCCUUUACCUAUGACAAGAUAGCAUCCAACUUCUCCAACUAUUCAGCAUGGCACUAUCGUAGUCAGCUCCUACCCUUAGUCCAUCCUUCUAGUGGCAGUCCCUCUGAUGAUGGUGGACUGGUGUCUGGUGAUGCACUGGCUAAAGAACAUGAGCUGGCUCAGAAUGCAUUCUUCACUGAUCCUGAUGACCAGAGUGCAUGGUUCUAUCAUCGCUGGUUAUUGGGGGAGGUGAGGUGUCUAGACUCUGUGGAUAUGGUAUACCUGCAAGUAUCCUCCCAACCAAAGCUGGUCAUAUCCUUCAACCAACCCCUCAAUGUCCACCAGAGACUGUGUAUCACUAUGGAUGGGGAGAUUGUGUGUGAGAUUGUGUGUGAGGGGGAAUGGCCUACAACACUCUAUCAGACCACACUGCCUACACUGCCAAGUACAAUCAACAUCUCUUUUGAUCAACAGAACAUCUCCCUCUCCCCCAGUGAGGCUGUGUAUUGGGUGCGUGGGGACGGGCUGUUACCAUGGACACAUACUCAAGCCACACCCUCUCUACUGGCGUCUCAACUGGAAAGUUGUCAGCAACUAUUGGAAGAAGAGCCAUCCAACAAAUGGUGCUUGUUGACCACAGUGCUCCUCAUGCAAUCUCUGGAUCCUGUCAAAUAUUCCCCCCUAAUCCAACACAUGACCUCUCGGCUGUGUCAAGUGGACCCACUCAGGAAAUCCUACUACACUGACCUCAUGAGCAGGUUCAUGUUGAGACAAGCUCUGAGAGUCUCCACUCAUCUCACAGCACUGGACCUUUCAGGCAUGGGGCUGACUCGGUUGGAGCACACACAGUACUUACUUCCCUAUGAAAGGCUGGAUCUGAGUGGCAAUGCUCUGAGGUGUCUACCUCCUACCUUGAUCUGUCCUGCACUUACCAGACUGAUACUAGAUGACAACCAUCUUGUAGCCCUACCUCAUAUCCAGGCUCCUUUACAACACCUCUCCCUCACUAACAAUUAUAUUGCAGAGCUGGAGGCUAUAAAGGAAGCAUUGAAGAGUCUCCUGACACUCCAAGUGCUGUGUUUGCAGGGGAAUCCCCUCUGCUCCCAGGGAAAACCCCUUCUGCAGGAUAUGCUCAGAGCAAUAGUUCCUGGACUUGUAGAACUCACUCUUUAGUUGUGUAUAUAAUAUUAUUGUGUGUGCAUGUAUUAUGACUGUG